GUCAAAAAUAACGCUUCGAACAUCGGAAUAAUGGUUGAAGAUCGUUAAAUGCGUUUCUCUAUGACUUAGUGAGUGUAUUUAAAAGACAAUUCUAAACAUUCUGUGAAAAUAUGAUGAUAGUAGAAGACUAUGUAACAUUAAAUGAAUUUACUUUAUUUGGCUCUGUGGUGCGGAAUAUUGCUAACAUAUGCAGUUUCACUGCCUAGAAGGAGGCAUAUAAAGUAUCCCGUGACAAAAAUUCCAAAUUCAGACAACGAGCGUGGUCACCCAACAGCCCUUGAGGUCCUGGAAAACACGCUUCUACAAACAAACGUCAGAGCACGUAGAUACAACCGUCGACGAUGCGGACGCGGAGACCGAUCAAACCAGUACUUUGACAAAGAACCGACCCAACCUUUACACCGUGACUUGUCAAGAAAGGGAAGUGCCACAAUAACAAGUGAUAUUGACACCUGUAAAGAUUCUUUUGGAGAAGGAAGUCCAUUGUGCAUGCCAAGAAAGAGGCGGAAAAAGUCUUUUGUGGGGAUUCCAGAUGUUCAUAAAAGGUUGUUUCGAUCAGAGUUAGGUGCUGUUAAAAACAUUACAUUGUCAAACUCUCCCGAAGAUUUCUUUGGUGUCUUCAAAUCUUCGGUUGAUAAAGCAUAUGCUGCACCACCUUCCAAUGUCAAUUCUAAAUUAAAUUCAUCAUCAGCAUUUACUACUCCAGUGUAUACAACUACUGGUUCCACUUUCCAAAAUGCAACGUCAACAAAGACUACUAUAAAGGUCUCAGAUGGAUCAUCGUUUCCACCAUCUAUGAGCACAUUUUCUAAAACUCCUUCAGUUGGGUCUGUAGGGAGAGCAAUGAGGGAUCAAAAUACCCACAUACAGCCUCCAGGAAACUUCAGAAACGUUGAAUCCCAGCCUCAGCUAUUCUAUCUGGAGGAAGUUGGUUCAAUGCAACGUGAUUUUGCAGAUACCAAGGGAGUUGAAGAAGAGGAUAAUGGAGUUUUAUCAGAACAAAAUACUUCUCCCGAAGAAACUUCAACAGAAACUACAACAAUCGAGGUAGAAAAAUCGAUCCAGUCAACUUUUGCCCCAGAAAUCACCUCCGUAGGACAAACGUACAGCAAGAGUCAAUGUGAAUUGGAUACAAAGAAACGCUGUAUUUGUUCCUUUUCUUCGGUCGAAGCUGAUAUUCAGAAUAUGUUCAACCAGCCUUCACCUGAGUUCACAGAGGAAAUAAUGGAGGGAAUUGUCAGCGUGAAGUGUAGAAUUUAUACUCCUAUGCCAUCAGACUUCAACCUUAACACGAACGCUAAACCUAGAGUAUUGAAAGGGAAACACACUCCUUUUGCUGUGGACAAUCGUCAAGGUGCAAAAGAGGUUACUGAGAGUUCACUAAACGAAUACAUCAUGUACAGCGCUGUUGAUGACGGCAUCACCCGAGUUUUCGUCACAUCGGACGUAAAGAUACCUUGCUUCCCAAAAUCCGACAUCCACCUUUCGUCCUCAGACGCCGACCAUGUGAAGUACACUUGGACCUUCGGCAAGAAAAAGCAAGCUAUCACUCAGGGACGAAUAACAGAGGACUCAGACGGCGACGGUUCCUUGACUAUAGAAGACGUUGAAGUGACGGAUGCGAUGAACUAUAGCUGUGAGAUCGACUAUAUCCAUCCUGACACUGGGGAAAGGACUACUGAUGUUUUCACACACAGUCUCUCUGUGGUGACGUUACCCAUCGUCAGCUCCAGAGCAACGGUCCACUACAAGUCUACGGCGUCGUGUGACGAGAGCCUGCUGGAGAUGUUCGAGAUGUACCUUCCUCAGCAAGUUGAGCGGACCAUCUGUCCAGCAGACGACGCACCUCAGCUGUGCAGCGUGUCCAUUCACAGCCCUGUGUGUCACAUUGAAGCCCAGGACGAUGCUCAGAACUCCAUGGAGUUGUCCCUCAACUUCGACGUGUUCAUCCACAGACCCGGAGUGAAGGAGUUGGCAAAGUUGAAGGCGAAGCUGUGUGACCCCGACUGUCAUCUGUUGAUCACAUUCAAACUGCUGCAAAUCUUCCGGGAGAGCGUGCAAGAAGUGGCUAUGGUUCCAAUAAAGUCCGAGAUCCAGGGUGGAGGAGUGUUUACACCACUUCCAAACUCUGUCAAAGUCAAGUACAUCUUCGGUUGCAUUGGCGGGUACUACUUGGACAACGGCUUUUGUUUGGCUUGUCCCGAGGGCACGUAUAGUGACGACGGUGCCACCGAGUGUCAGCAAUGCCCGCUACACACAUACAGUGUCAAUGUGGGCACUAGGAGAUGCACACCAUGUAAGAACCUAUGGAUGCCCAUCUGCAACGAGCAUUUUGAAACCGUUAACAUAAUGAUGAUUGUGGUCAUGGUUGCUGUGGUUAUUGUUUUGCUGGGAAUAUUUAUUGUAUACUACUUCUUCUGCUACAAAGGACGGAAUUGGCAAGAGGUGUUGAAAAGAGGCCAAAGAGAGAAAAUGGCAAAGUCUGAGAGAAUACGGUCAAGAAAAGAAGUCAAGCGUGCAGUAGGAAUGAGAGAAGUCGGAGGAAAAAACGUCAAAGUAUCGAGGAAAAGUGAACUAAGCGAAGAGGAUCUUCAACGUCUUUUGCAAUCCUCAGGUGAAUCUGCAGACGAAUCAGAACCUAGGGAGAGCCUAAAAGAAAAACACGUAAGAAUAAAAAAAUAAACACAAAGAUGUCAAAUAUCUAUAAAAUAAACAAUCAUCAACUGUCUUUGUUGGCGUUUGCAUCGAGGAGAUAUGACGAACCUUAUACAGUACAAGAAUAUUACUGUGUAAAGAAGUA